AUCAUGAUAUUCCAUCCAAAUUGCACGCUUCCAGGCUCUUCUCCAGUAUUUGUGUCCGCGCCAAAUGUCCGCUCCACGACCGAAAUCCUAUGGAAUUGUCUCAGCACAGUGUUCCUGUGUACUUGGUCCAUCCUGUUCCUGAACAUUCCACCUCAAACGAAACCCAAGACCACAUCGAAACAUCUUAACUUGCUCUGGACAAAAGUGAAAUGGAUGAUUACCACUCUUUUGGCCCUUGAGCUUAUCAUCGGUUUCGCUGCGUCGAGUUUUUGGAGUGCCCGCUCUACUACUGAAACGCUGAAGAAUCUCGCUCUUGAUGAUGUAGUGGACUGGAGUAUCGCGCACACGUGCUAUGCGGACAUGGGGGGAUCUGUCAUCCGGUUCGAGGAGACAUCGGCAAUCGAGACUGCAGAGACAACUGACAAACAACGUUACUUUGGCCUUGGUAAUGUCUGGGUUCUUAACCCUCGACAAUUGCGCAGGGCAAGAGAGUUCGGCGUGAUCACAAGACUUCCUCUGCUUAGCGAAGACGAGCUCGGAGAUAAAGACAAAGGAGACAAUCUGGUGAAAACGUUGGAUCUGGUCCAGAUCAUGUUGAUGUUAGCUCAGCUCAUUUCCAGACGGUUGAAAGAUCGACCGGUGUCGCAGCUGGGAGUCAUGACAUUGUCUUUCGCGGCAUGUGCAGUCAUCAUCUAUCUACCAGUCCUACCAAGUCCACAAGGAGUCGAAACUCCAACUGUAAAUCUUGGAAGGAGGGCUUCCUUCGACGAAAUGCGCUCAAUAGCCAAAGCCCAAUCUAUUUCCAUCAUCAUGAGAUCACUUUACACGAUUCCUAACGACAUAUGUCAUCAUAAGGAGGCAUUCGUGGUAGGUACAGGACUUGGUGCGAUUUGGUUUGGCGUUCUCCAUCUGAUUGCAUGGGACUUCACCUUCCCAGCCGCAGUGGAGAGGAAGCUUUGGAGAGUGUCGUCCGUGGUGACUAUUAUUUCACCAAUGUCAAGUCUCGCCUUCGGCUUGAUCGUGGUGUGUUUCGGCUGGGUCGAUCAUAAGUUUGCGGCUCGGACAUGGGCGACCUUCAGCUCUUUUUCAAUAGCUGCGUUCAUCGUCGCUCGGAUCUUCCUGUUGGUCGAAUCUUUCCGGUCAUUGUACUACCAGCCCGUCGAUGUGUUCGUAUCUACCUGGGCCUACUGA